AUUUCAAUUUGUAUGGCGACUUUACAGAUGGACACAGCGAUUACAGGCUAACCCCUCUCUCCCUCUCUCCUAUCACACUCUUCUUCCCUUCCCCCAAUCUGUUUUUGUGAAACCCUAGGAAGACAUACCUACAUCUACAUGCUUGCCCUGUAGUCUCUGUCAUUCUUGUUUUCUCAAAAAUUCCCAUACGGAUUUUUAACUUGUUCAUCACAGAAAUACCAACAAGAUACUUCCCCCGAUUUAUAUUAUUGUAUUUUAUUUUAUUUGGUAUGGUGAAGAGGGGUAGACAAGAAUACAAUGUUACGUUGUAACGAUCUUGGAAAUUGACGUUCAGGGUUUCUUUCAAGGCUGUGAAUUGAAUUUCUAACUGGAGUAGGUCUUAACAAUGGCGAAUCCGGAUUUGCAAAUGAACGUUCAAAUGGAGCAGAUCCAUGGAGAAAUUCGUGACAAUUUUCGAGCCCUCGCAACUGGGUUUCAGAAACUGGACAAGAUUAAAGACUCCAGCAGACAAAGUAAACAAUUGGAGGAUCUUACAGGAAAGAUGAGAGAGUGUAAAAGGUUGAUCAAAGAGUUUGACCGUGAAAUCAAAGAGGAGGAAAGUAAAAAUCCUCCAGAAGUCAGCAAGAAACUCAAUGACGAGAAGCAAUCGAUGAUCAAAGAGUUAAACUCAUAUGUGGCCUUGAGAAAGACAUACCAAAGCACUCUUGGAAAUAAAAGGGUUGAACUUUUUGACAUGGGAGCAGGUGGUAGUGAGCCCAUGGCUGAUGAGAAUGCUCAGGUGGCAUCAGAAAUGUCGAAUCAAGAGCUUGUUCAAGCUGGCAUGCAGACAAUGAAUGAGACUGAUCAGGCCAUCGAACGAUCCAAACAGGUUGUUCAACAAACAGUUGAAGUGGGAACCCAAACUGCUGCUAAUUUGAAAGGCCAAACUGAUCAAAUGGGUCGAAUCGUGAAUGAACUUGACACGAUUCAAUUCUCAAUUAAAAAGGCAUCUCAGCUUGUGAAGGAGAUAGGACGACAGGUGGCAACGGAUAAAUGCAUCAUGCUAUUUCUAUUUCUUAUCGUGUGUGGGGUGAUUGCUAUUAUUGUCGUGAAGAUUGUGAAUCCCAACAACAAAGACAUAAAAGAUAUACCGGGGUUGGCUCCUCCGGCUCCUGCUUCAAGGAGAUUAUUGUAUGUAAGGAGGUUUGCAGAAGAAGACCAUUUUUGAUUGGGAGAUGAGAUGAAAUGUGAUGUGAUGAUUGUUUUAAUGGUGAUAUGUAUUGUGUGAAUGUGUAUUCUUUCUUUUUUCUUCUUCUUAUUAUUAUUAUAAGAGAUGUGCAUAUACACUUCAAGUUUCUCCUGUAAAUGGUGAUGGUUGCUUUUGUGUUGUUUUUUAUAUGGUGACAACCAUCCUUCAACAUUGUACCCCUUCAAUUAUGUUGCAUUAUCUUUUUAUUCUUCAAAAA